UAGAAUUAUUAUACACACAAAACCUCCAACAAACUUUCGGUUAUAAAGGGCAAUUUAGUCAUCCAGGAGCCCUAAUCUUUCCCGCCCAUUCCAAGAACUCCAUUAAACCACCUGCAAAACCCACAAAGAAACCCCUAAAUUAGGUCACUUGAAUCCAAACACAGAACUCACACAAAACCCACAAAACUAAAGAUCAGAUAACCAAUCUUUUUCAGUUCUGCAAAUGGAAAACAUGUUCAAAAUGACCGUUUUUGUACUGAUAAUGUGUAUCUUGAUCUCUUUCAAGAACCAAACCUACAAUAAAAAUCAUACCAGAGAUUUAAUCUUUGAAGAAUUUGAUCAGACUUGGGAUACGUAUCCAUCUUUUUUCUUGUCUACAGAGCAAGACGAAGCCCAUUCUCCAAUAAGAUCACUGGAAUAUGAUUUUUAUCGCAGCACUUGUCCUCAAGCUGAGAAAAUUAUUCAGAAUGUUGUUCGGGAGUUGUACAAAGUCAAGUUCAGUGUCUCUCCUGCUCUCUUGAGGCUCGUUUUUCAUGAUUGUUUCGUUGCGGGCUGUGAUGCUUCUAUUCUACUGGAUGGUGUUGACGACAAAAAAUCAGAGAAAGACUCUACCCCUAACCAUAACUUGAAGGGAUUUGAUAUAAUUGACCUAAUCAAGUCACAGGUUGAAGAAAUUUGCCCUGGAAUAGUUUCUUGUGCUGAUAUUGUUGUCUUGGCAGCGAGAGAAGGCGUUCUUCAGGCAGGUGGUCCUUUCUAUCCACUCUUCACUGGCAGAAGAGACAGUACUCAGUCUUUCUCAAAUAUGGCAGAGAAUGAACUCCCGUCGCCCCAUGCUGAUCUAUCCGACACCCUUGCAUCUUUUGCAUCUAGGGGCUUUGAUGAAAGAGAAACUGUUAGUCUCUUAGGUGGUCAUAGCUUAGGAGUGGUCCACUGCAGAUUCUUCGAAGACCGUCUCUAUAAUUUUAGCGGAACUAACAAGCCUGAUCCCUCAGUGGAUUCUCUAUUCCUGAACUUUUUGAGGUCAAAAUGCAACAGAAGUGAUGCAUCAGAGUCACCAACAGCAUCAUCUCCUUAUGACAGCUCAGUGUCAUCAUCAUAUUCAUCAUCUACAAAAACACCAACCUCAAAACCCCUUAGCCCAAUGGCAUCAUCAGCAGCACCAUCACUUUCGUUCCGAGGAUCAUUGUCUUCUCCACCACCGCUUUGCCCUAUACCAUCAGUUCUCUACGAGAGUUCACUGCUUUCUGCACGUGAAGAUACAGCAAUCAAUUUGGCUUACGAGGGACCUGGAAUAGAUUUCGGCACGCUGUACUACCGCAGUCUUCUGUAUAAUAGAGGAAUCCUGUUUUCUGAUCAGCAACUAAUGGCUGCAGAAGAAACAGGAAUUUGGGUCAGGGCAUAUGCUUCAGAUGUGUACUUGUUCCGUAAGGACUUCGCCCAGACAAUGAUGAAGCUCUCUAAUCUCCAUGUCUUGACAGGCUCAGCAGGUCAGGUCAGGCGCAAUUGUUCCAAGUUAGUAUGACAAAUGACUGACUAUGAAAACUUUUGUUCACAUAUUCAAAACUAUGGUUAAUUUCUGUUUUUACCUUGUAAAUGUAGUAGCAAUAGUAAAAACAAACUGUCACAUAAAUGUUCAACAAAUCUUAUGAAUACAAGAGAAUUCUUCUUUCUUUAAAGUUUAA